AUGCAUAAUUUAACUCUGCAUGUUAAAUUUGGUCUGCGUGCUAUUGGUGCUUGGCCUGGAAUGUUAUCAUCUAGAUUAUAUUAUAUAAUAUUGAUAUUAUUUGUAUUAAGUUUGAUAUUUCAAUUUUGGCAUCUAGUAAAAGUUAUUCAGAAAUUGGAUAAAUUAUUGCUUAAUUUGGGUACAACUAUAUCAGUUACUUCAGUGGUGUUAAAACUAGUUGUGUUUCGAUUUAAGUACAGAAGUAUAAAGAUAAUUAUAAAUGAAUUAAUCGAAGACUGGGAAAAUAAAAAUGAAAUAAAAAUAAACAAGAAUUUUACGAUGAAGACCUCGAAAUUAGCUACUUAUAUUUGUUAUAUAGUUGCUAUAUGUUAUACCACUACUGUGCUUGUAAUUUCAAUUGCUUGUAUUAUGACUUACAAUGCAGAACCUUAUGAUAACAGAGAAUUUAUUGUUUAUUCAUAUUUUCCAAUGGAUGCAAAAAAAUCUCCAGUUUAUGAAAUAAUAUACAUUUUACAUCUUAUAACAUGUUUGUUUACUUGUUUCUACCAUAGCACAAUUGAAGGACUUCUUAUAAUUUCGGUUGCGCAUUCUCGUUCUAAAGCUUUCAAUGUGUGUACAAAAUUUUCAAAAUUAAUAGAAAUGUAUCGAACUGAAAAUAAUCGAAAGCAUAUUUUAAAAAAUAAACAAGAACUAAUUGAAUGUCAUUUGAAUUUUAUUACAUUUACAGAUUGUAUUCAAGAUAUAUAUUCCUAUGUUGCAUUUGUACACUUAUUUUUAAUAACAAUUCUUAAUGGAGUUAUUGGAUUUUUAAUUAUCAAUAUUAUACCAUUUGUUUUUACUUGUAUGUGGGCUGUUGGAACUUAUUGCUUUGCUGGCGAAUUUUUAACUUCUCAAGGCACAUUAGUUUUGAAAACACUUUGUAAUUGUCCUUGGUAUAUCUUUAAGCCAUCCGAUGUAAAAUUAUUAAUAUUUAUGAUUAUGAGAAGUCAACAAUCAGUAAAGAUUUCGGUUGGAAAAUUUGGGACCCUUUCAUUUAUAUACCUUACUCAGAUAAUUAAAACAUCAGUUUCCUACAUGUCCGUCGCUCGAGUAGCUAGUAAAUGA